GCGUUACAUUAACACUCGACUGUUUUUUGAGGAGGAAGGGGAAAACGCGUUUAAUGAUGACAUCAUGCAACCCUUUGGCGUUCAUAUUUGCUACAGUCGCUUUUCCGGUUUUAGAUUGGGGAUUAGGUUUAUGAUUGUCAGAUGAAGUUAAGACACCUAAAAGCAGCCGAGCAAUGCAGCCUGUGGUGACUUGUACCGAGACUGAAAAUUGGGCCAGCAAGGUGAAAAAGGCCAACAAAAAUGUGAUCUUUUCAACUACCUCAGCCGCUCUGGCCUAUGGUUCACCCGCACACACCAGGGAACAAAAGAUGCCUGUAAUUACUAACACAGCUACUGUGACAGAAGCAGAAGAGGUGGUAGCAAAGAAAAAGAAGAAAAAAAAGAAAAAGAAAACAAGCACAAGCAGUAAUUGUGAAGAUGUUGAAAAAUCUCAAAAUGAAAACUAUAUUAGUCAAGAGCCACCAAAAAUACAGGACAAUGAAGAGUUUCCUGAUCUGGUAUCUUCUGUAAGGGGUAGGAGACAUGAAUCCAUUACCACGUGUGCCUAUGGUUCGUCACCGCGUCUAGGAACGGUGGAUGCAAAACCCAAAGGCUCUGGCAAAAAGAGUAAAGUCCCGGUUCAGCUUGAUUUGGGUGGGAUGCUGGCAGCCCUGGAACAGAAGCAGCACACAGAGAAGGCAAAGCAGUCUGCCAAGUCUGUAGUGUUAUCUGUUGGAGGUGGUAUCCCAGUAUUGGCUCGAGAACCAGUCGCAUCAACAAAACACCAACAGUCAAAACCAAGUCAAGCUCCGCACAAUCCGCUGGACUCGAGUGCUCCGCUGGUAAAGAAAGGAAAGCAAAGAGAGAUGCCCAAAGCCAAGAAACCAACUUCACUUAAAAAGAUAAUUUUGAAAGAGAGGGAAGAGCGGAAGCAGCUGAGAGCUUCAGUGGAACAGGAAGCACCCACUUCGGUUGAAGACAUUAGCUCUGGUUCACGUGAACAAAUCGACACUCCAGCAGAGUCUGCAGAUGAUCCACAUCCUAACACUGAAACAGGCAUGUUUAUAAAAUCAGGGGUGGGUUACCUGCUGGUUAAGUCUACUGAUGAAGCUGUUAUAGUUGAACAGGAAGAAGACACCAGCAAGCCACUUUCUGCUGUUUCACAAUCGGGUUCCACUGUUGCCAGAAUUCACAGCAGGCGAUUUCGAGAGUAUUGCAGCCAGGUUCUGAGCAAAGAAGUGGAUGCGUGUGCAGUGGCCCUUCUUAAAGAGCUUGUUCGGUUCCAGGAUCGCAUGUAUCAGAAGGAUCCAGUGAAAGCUAAGACCAAGCGGAGGCUGGUCAUGGGUCUGAGGGAGGUGUUGAAACACCUGAAACUCGGCAAGCUUAAGUGUAUUAUAAUUUCUCCCAAUUGUGAAAAGAUCCAAUCUAAAGGUGGCUUGGAUGACACUCUGCAGACUAUCAUUGACUGUGCCCGUGAGCAGAAUGUCCCCUUUGUGUUUGCACUGAAUCGGAAAGCCCUGGGCCGAUGCGUGAACAAAGCUGUGCCUGUUAGCGUGGUCGGGAUUUUCAGCUAUGACGGUGCCCAGGAUCACUUUCACAAAUUGUAUAUGCUCACAAUGGAAGCAAGGGAAAUGUAUAAAGAUGUAGCACAAGAAAUAGAGCAUCAGACUGAAAACUGGAUUUGGGCUGAUGAGACAAAACCAGCAACAGAACCUCUGCCUGAAAGCAAACAGCAGCCUGACAGAGAGAGCAAGGAGACCCUCGUGCCGGAGGGGGACGAUGAACCAAACUAUAUUAAGGUGUGGAAACGGAUGCUGGAAGAAGGGUAUAAGCCGUACACCAUGAGUUUUGAAGAGAAAGUUAACACUGACCUGUUUAAUCUGCAUUUGUGACUGCAGCAUCAGUAUGGGGUCCCUCUGUCUCACAAUGGAGCAAACCAUGCGCAGGGCAACAAUGUACUUGAUUGACAACACAAACCUAGCAGGUCUAUCUUGCCCACAUGACCCCAUGCUGAUGCCAUUUGAUUUUGACUUUCUUAAUUUUUU